AUGGCGGAUGAAAUGGAAGUUUCGCCGCCGUCACCACGCGGAACGAAAAGGAAAGGCGACGAUAGCCUCCCACUUCCUGCACCACGCAGGAUCAAGGCGCUUUCGCAAGAUGUCGUUAACAAAAUUGCGGCCGGAGAAAUCAUUGUCGCGCCGGUGAACGCGCUGAAGGAGCUGGUCGAAAACGCUGUUGAUGCAGGGUCGACCGCAUUGGAAGUCCUAGUUAAGGAUGGUGGUCUCAAGUUGUUACAGAUCACCGACAACGGACACGGCAUCGAUAAAGAAGACUUGCCAAUCUUGUGCGAACGCUUUACUACUUCCAAACUUAAGGCUUUUGAAGAUUUGACCUCCAUCGGCACGUACGGCUUUCGUGGCGAGGCGUUGGCGAGCAUCAGUCACAUUGCUCAUCUCAAAGUCACUACGAGGACGAAAGAGUCAAGCUGUGCGUGGGAAGCACACUUUGCGGAUGGCAAGCUUGCAAGUGCGAAGCCCGGCCAGAGCGCAGAGCCCAAGCCCAAGGCUGGUCGACAGGGCACAACCAUCACGGUUGAGGACAUGUUUUACAAUAUUCCUUCACGGCGUCGAGCUUUCCGCUCCGCUAGUGAAGAGUAUGCAAAGAUCCUCGAACUUGUCGGAAAAUAUGCUGUUCACUGCGCGGGUGUUUCCUUCUCCUGUAGGAAGGCGGGCGAAAACAGUGGAAGCAUAACGGUGCCUGCUUCUGCUACCAUCAAAGACCGAAUACGACAGAUCCAUGGCAGCGCUAUCGCGAACGAAUUGUUAGCCCUAAACGUCGAAGAUGACCGCUGGGGCUUCAAGUGCAACGGUUGGGUCAGUAACGCAAACCACACUAUCAAACGGACGCAGAUGCUACUCUUCAUCAACCAUCGAUCGGUAGAGUCAUCCGUGAUCAAAAAGAGUGUUGAGCAGACUUAUGCCACUUUCCUACCGAAAGGAGCACAUGCGUUUUUCUAUCUGAGUCUCGAAAUCGAGCCGCAGCGAGUGGAUGUGAAUGUACAUCCUACCAAGCGCGAGGUUCACUUCUUGAAUGAAGACGAGAUCAUAGCUGUCAUAUGCGACUCGAUCCGCGAAAACUUGAGCAAGGUGGAUACAAGCAGAUCGUUUAUGACUCAGUCGUUGCUUUCAAAUCCCAAAGCCCCCUUUGCAACACCCGUAAAACAGAUUAUACCUGCGACUCCUGCGACCGGCGAUGCAUCUGACCGUAGCGGCUCGAAAGCACCGCAAACAGCAACCAAGAAGCGAAAUGACAACCACCUUGUUCGCACAGAUGCCUCAGCACGCAAGAUCACAUCGAUGUUGCAGCCGCAAAAAUCAGUCGAAGAGAUUGCAAUGGAUGAAGAAGAGAUGGAAUACGAGUUCGCGCAAAAGGAACCAAUAGCCUGUCGUCUCACAUCCGUCAAAGACCUUCGCGCUGAGGUUCGAGAUGCCAUGCACAACGAGCUUACGGAUAUCAUUUCAACGCAUACGUUUGUUGGAAUCGUUGACGAGCAGAAGCGUAUAGCAGCCAUACAAGGCGGCGUCAAACUCUUCCUUGUUGAUUAUGGCAUGCUCUGCAACGAGUACUUCUACCAAGUCGGUCUGACUGAUUUCGCCAAUUACGGAUCAAUACGCUUUAAUCCGCCUUUGUCACUACGUGAUCUACUCAAGGUUGCCGCAGAACAAGAAAAGAACAAUGCAGGCGACACGGCGGAUGAGGUAGACUGGAACGAGGUUGUCGAAGUCGUCAAGGACCAGUUGAUCAGUAAGGCAGCGUUGCUGAGCGAAUACUUCUCAAUGGACAUCACUACAGAAGGCGAACUUUGCUCUAUCCCGUUGCUGAUGAAAGACUAUACUCCUUCUAUGGCCAAGCUUCCUCAAUUCCUACUGCGCCUCGGACCACACGUUAAUUGGAAUGAGGAGAAAGGAUGCUUUCAGACGUUGCUCCGAGAGAUUGCAUCCUUUUACGUACCCGAAAGUCUGCCUCUGCCGCCCUCGGCACAAAAGGGCGAUGAUAGUAAAGGCGAGGGUCCGGUUGCUGAAGAAGAUCCUGAGGUUGCAGCAAGGAGGAAGAAGUUACUGCGAGUAAUCGAGUAUACUAUCUUCCCAGCUUGCAAGGCAAGAUUAGUGGGUACGAAAGGGCUACUGAAAGGUGGAGUGAUGGAGGUAGCGAAUCUGAAAGGUCUAUACCGAGUGUUUGAGCGAUGCUGA